AUGCUCCGCCUCCGAAGCUGCAUCCUCGCCCACCUUCUAUCCUCCCCCACCUCCUGCCACCGAUCCCCUUCCCCUCUCCGCCGUCUCCUCUCGGCCGCCGCACCCCCCAUUCCCCCACGCACCGGUUUCGCGGUCGAGGAGUACCUGGUUGACACCUGCGGCCUCACCCGAGCACAGGCGCUGAAGGCCUCCACGAAGCUCUCCCACCUCAGAUCCCCCACCAAGCCAGACGCCGUCCUCGCCUUCCUCGCCGGCCUCGGACUCUCCACCGCAGACGUCGCCGCUGCCGUCGCCAGGGACCCGCAGCUCCUCUGCGCCGGCGUGGAGAGGACCCUGUCCCCCAUCGUAGCCGGGCUCACCGGCCUCAGUCUGCCGCAUUCCGAGAUCGCGCGCCUCCUCUCGCUCUCCUUCCGCUGCAAAUCCGUCGUCUCCAAGGUGCACUACUACCUGCGCCUCUUCGGAUCUUCCGACAAGUUCCUCCAAGCGUUCAAGCGUAACAACCGUCUCCUCUCCCACAGCCUCGAGAGGGUGGUCAAGGCAAAUGUGGCGUUACUGCAGGAGUGCACGCUAGGUGCUUGCGACAUUGCCAAGGUGUGUACCACUGUGCCAAGGAUGCUCACCGCCAGUGCGGAACAAAUACAGGCGGCGGCGGCGUUCGCCGAAGGUCUUGGUGUGCCCCGUGGCUCCGUGAUGUUCAGGAAAAUUCUGCUGUAUGUCGAAUUGCUCGGCGAGGACAAGAUUGCCGCCAAAGUGAAGUACUUGAAGAGCACCUUGGGCUGGUCGGAUGCUGAGGAUCCGUCUGUGCUGAGGAGGUCAAAGAACAUGCUGCAGCGCAGAUCCGAGUUCCUUCUCUCUGAGUUGGGGUUGGAGCCGGCCUACAUUGCUCAUCGAUCGGCAAUGCUCACUUACAGCCUGGAGGGCCGGCUCAGACCCUGCUACUAUGUUGUGAAAUUUCAGAAGGAAAAUGGGUUGCUAGCGCACAGCCAUAGCUACUAUAAAGCACUGCUUUAG